AUGUCGUAUCCGGGUCCCCCAGGAGUCCCUUCGGCGCACCCAUCUCUCCCACCCCGGCCACCCGCCGCCCCGGCAAGCAAACAACAUCAGCAACAGCAGCCGAUCGGACCUCAGGCAACAUCUAGAUUCUCCUCCACCUUUUCGUCCCCCAGCACCUACUCGGCGCCCCCAGGCUACCCCGCCGCCACCGCCGCCGCCGCGCCGGGCUACUCGGCGCCGCCAGGUCGCUAUGGCGCACCUCCGACGACGUCAUACCCCUCAUACUCGGCGGCGCCCACGGCCAUGCCCGUGAGGAACUCUGGCGGGUACGGGAGGGGAGGAUACGGCGGCGGCGCCAGCACGGGCGGCGGCGCGACGACCUAUUCGUCCGGAUAUAAUAGCUACCGGCAGCCGAACGCCCAGCCAGGUGCGGCGAGCUACGGCGCAGGACCACAGAUCAGAAAUCCGUUCCCCGUCCCGGGAGCAGCGGGAGCGGUAGCCCCGGUGGCUGGACCUGUCUCGGCGCAGAGCGAGGAGGCCGAAAUGGCGGCGCAGAUGGCACAGUGGCAGAGCGCCUACCUGCCCAGGAGCGAGACAGACCCGGCGGUGGUUGGGCCCAUCGGCCCGGACGCGACGUCGCAGUACCCGCAGGCGCAGCAGGCGCAGCAGCCGGAGCAGGCCGAAGCGGGCGCCAACGGGGAGGAGCGCAAGAAGACGGUAUACCGGUCCGGAGGCGGCAAGAAAUGGGCCGACGACACGCUGGUGGAGUGGGACCCGACGCACCUGCGGCUCUUUGUCGGCAACUUGGCGGGCGAGACGACGGACGAGUCGCUGCUCAAGGCGUUUUCGCGGUGGAAGAGCGUGCAAAAGUCAAAGGUCAUACGGGACAAGCGCACCAACAAAAGCAAAGGAUACGGGUUCGUUAGCUUCAGCGACCCCGACGAUUUUUUCCAGGCCGCAAAGGAGAUGAAUGGCAAGUACAUCCAGAGCCACCCGGUCACGUGCAGAAAGGCCAACACCGAGAUCAAGGUCACCACCGUCAAACCGGACAAGAGGCACGGCGGGAGGAACGACAAGAGGAAGGGCAAUGGUGGAGGGGGCAGUGGAGGCGGAGGCGGCGGCGGCGGCGGCGGCGGCGGUGGUGGUGGUGGCUAUGAGCCGCGCCUUGGGCCUCAUAACCCGGGUGGCAUCGUGAGGCCUGGUCAGAAGACUAAAGGCGGGCUGAAACUAUUGGGUUAA